CUGCGCUCCUCUGCUGCUGGAACUGUCGUCGGAUGCUGCGUCUCCCCUGUCACCGUGCUGCUCCUGCGGCCUGCGCUCUGCCUGCGCCAAUAUAUAUCCCGCAUUGGACUCUGCCGUGGGGGCGAGGGCGCUUGCGAUGCGUGGAGUCGACACGCAGGCCGGGAGCGUGGGAGCGUUCGCACGCAAGGCGGAGCGGCCUGGGCGGCGACCUCCACGGGCGCGACGCCGAUGGCGUGCUGCGAUGGGGCCUGCUGUGCUUGUCGGCGAGCGCUCAGGGGCUUGCCUCCUGACCACCACCAUCGCAACACGAGACACAGGAGCAGCUUCUCAUGUCGCACCUCAUCAGUGUGCCGCUCGGCGCAGACGGCGGCGCGAGCAGCAGCAACGUCAGCGUCGGCGCCGCCAGCCGGCCGCCGCAGCGCUUCACUCGCUCUGGGCGGCGCCUGGCGCUGCACAUCCCGAACUCAAUUCCUCGCUCGCCCGGUGCCUCGCCCUUCUCGACACGCGCUUCUUCGCCACAGCCGAGCGCGCAGCACAGCAGGCAGAGCAGCCCUGAGCGAGAGACGCGGGAAGCAGAUGCGGCGACGGCGCUGCUGGACGGGGCGGCGCACGAGCUGCGCAGCGAGCGCUCGCCAGGCUGGCUGGAGACACGGGCAAGGACCGCCGAGAGCAGUCGUGACUUCUUGGCGCGAGAACGGACGUUCCUGGCCUGGCUCAAGCUGAGCAUGACGCUGGCCGUCGUCGCUGCCACAAUGCUUUUGCGCCUUCGUCUCAAGGUGCACCCGCGGUCGGACGCGCCGUGGCAGCCCGACGAGUCUCCUCCGUCGCACUGGCACUACAGCAUCUCUGUCGUCUCGACGGCGCUAGGCCUACUCUUCUUCCUUCUGUCGCUCGCGUCGCUGGUCGUCGGCUGCGCAGACUACCUGCGCGUGGAGCGGGCGCUCGAACGCGCCGACGUCGUCCUGUCCGAGGCCGAGCGCACGCACGACCGAGCAGCUGCGGGUGGAGGCCAUAGCGGCGCCGCCGUGCGGGUUCUCACAGGCCUCAUCGCUCUCAGUGUGGGCGCCACGGCUCUCUUCCUGCUAGUGGCCGACAGCGACGCCCGCGAUACGGCUGCUUCGCACUCUGCAGCGUUUGCACACAGACUGCUGCGCACGAGCGUAUUUUGAAUCCAUGGGCGCACCGCGUAGGCAGACGAUCCGCGCAGGUGAUGUGAGGCAGACAGGUAUCGAGUGGAGAGAGAAGGUGCAGAGAGAGCGAUCACAGCAGGCCAAGGCCCAGCAGCACGGCCACGCCGAGUCCGGCCGCGCCCGCUGCUCCGGCGCGGCGUGCGGCGCCGUCGCUCGGCGCAGACGUUGGCCGCGUGGUGACGAUCGGGUUCGUCGAGAGCGUGAUGGGCGUGACGCUGCUGCUCGUCGUGCUGCUGCUGUUGGAUGUGCUGCCUGUUGUAGUUGUCGCGAUGCUGU